GUCUGUCUGCAGUGAAGUCUGUAAGGAUGCAGACUAAACAACUAGAAAAGACAGCCGACCUGGGACACUGGCGUAAUACUCACCAGGAGAUCCUUCAUUCCUUUCUUCCUCUCUUGCUGUCCUCCUCUGUGAAUUGAUGAGGCUUCUUGGGAUUCUCCUACUGUCCUUUUCCCUGUGGGACAGAUUCCCUCUGAGGGAAUGCUUCUUGGCAUCCAGCUGCUCUGGGCUUGGCGAUGGCUGAUGCAGAUGCAGACACCAUGGAGUUGAGCUGCAGUGAAGUACCUCUUUACGGGCAGAUGACGGUCUAUGCGAAAUUUGGCAAAAAUGUUUAUCUUCCUAAAGAUGCCGAGUUUUACUUUAUUUAUGACGGAUCUCAUCAGAGACACAUCGUGAUUGCAGAGCGCACGGAGGAUAACGUUCUCCAAUCCAGCAUUCCAGGCCACGGGCUUCAGGAGACGGUGACAGUGUCUGUGUGCCUCUGCUCGGAAGGUUACUCCCCAGUGACCAUGGGCUCUGGCUCGGUGACCUACGUGGACAACAUGGCCUGCAGGCUGGCCCGUUUGCUGGUCACCCAGGCCCAUCGCCUCACGCCUGCUAGCCAUCAGACCCUGCUAACCCCAUUUGCCCUGACGGUGGGAGCGUUGCCUGCGUUGGACGAGGAGCUCGUGCUGGCGCUGACCCAUCUGGAGCUGCCUCUUGGGUGGACUGUCUUGGGAAAUUCUUCACUCGCAGUUUCUCUGCACAGAGAAUCUCUCCUACACCUCGCUGUGAGAUGGGGCCUGGCUAAGCUUUCCCAGUUCCUCUUGUGUCUCCCUGGGGGAGUCCAGGCCUUGGCUCUACCCAACGAAGAGGGUGCCACGCCAUUGGACUUAGCUUUACGUGGCGGACACUCGAAGCUGGUUGAAGACAUCACAAAUUUCCAGGGCAGAUGUUCCCCUGGCUUCUCCCGAGCGCAGCUCAGCGAAGAUGCCUCCCUGCGGUAUAUUCAUUCGUCAGAGACGCUGACCCUGACGCUUCACCACACAGCCGAGCAUUUGCUGGAGGCAGAUAUUAAACUCUUCAGGAAAUAUUUUUGGGAUAGAGCCUUUCUCAUCAAGGCUCUUGAAGAGCAAGCAGCCAGGCCAGAGGAGAGAUCAGAUAUGCCCUCCAGUGCUGCAGAAACCCAAGAAGAGAUUAAGGAUUUGGUGUCUGGCAGAUCAUUUCCUGAGGAGGAGGAUGUAAAGUGUGCGAAAAGCCUGGCAGUUCAACUGAAUGAGUAUGAAGACCGGGACAGUCUAGAUUUGGAUCGCUCCUUUGACGUCAUCAAAAAGUCCAGCCACCCCCCUCAGUUCCUCGCUGCAGGCCGGCUGUCCGACAUGCUGAAUGGGGGCGAUGAAGUGUAUGCUAACUGUAUGGUGACAGACCAGGUUGGUGAUUUGGAUGUUAACUACAUUAAUAUAGAAGGAGUCACUGCAAACGCCUGCCCUGAACCCGCGGGUUCUCCUCGGGGGCCUCAGAGCUGCAAGCACAUUCUUCCCACUGAGGCCGGCAGUGGCACGGGCACGGGCCCGCUCAGUGAGAGCAGGGAGGUGAUGUCGAAUCCUGAAGCCGGACGGUCUGUCACGUCAUCUAGUUCGUAUGCUUCCAAUUUGAACCCUUCGUUUGGUCUUCGUGGAUUUGAAAAGGAACCAAGUCACCUAAAGAAAAGAAGCUCUAGCCUCGAUGCCCUGGAUGCUGACAGUGAAGGGGAGGGGCCGUCUGAGCAGUCCCGCGUGUGUUACGCUCCGGGGUCUCAGAGUUCCUCGCGGACUGGGCUUCCUAGUGGGGAUGAACUGGACUCUUUUGAGACCACCCCUGAACAAGAUUUCAACAUCUCCAGGACCGAGUCACUUUCUUUAUCAAGUAACCUGCAAUUGAAGGAGUCCUUGCUUUCUGGAAUCCGUUCACGGUCUUAUUCCUGCUCAUCACCCAAAAUUUCUUUAGGAAAAACUCAGAUGGUGCGUGACUUUGCAGUGUGCAGUUUAAGUGAAGAUGGUGCGCUCCACAGUGGCCGUUCCCUCCUUCGGUCUCUCUCACUGUCUAAGUCAGUGUCUCUGCUCCAUCUCUGUAAGCAAAGAGCUUACAGCUUUCCGGAGCCACCAAGAGAAAAAAGAAUUCAGGAAGAAGAAUGGGAUAAAUACAGCAUGCCUGCCAAAUCGGAGUCUGAAAAAUACAAAGUGAGCCGAACUUUCAGCUUCCUCAUGAAUAGGAUGACUAGUCCUCGGAAUAAAUCUAAGACGAAAAGCAAGGAUGCCAAAGACAAAGAGAAACUGAGUCGACAUCAGUUUGUUCCUGGAACGUUCUCUGGGGUUCUGCAGUGUUUGGUUUGUGAUAAAACACUCCUGGGGAAAGAGUCAUUCCAGUGUUCUAACUGUAGUGCAAGUGUUCACAAGGGAUGUAAGGACGCCGCGCCCCCGUGUACCAAGAAAUCCCAAGAGAAAUACAACAAGAACAAACCGCAGACCAUCCUUGGAAAUUCUUCAUUUAGAGACGUCCCGCUGCCUGCUCUCUCCUUGCACCCUUCUUCCUCCAUGCCGAUUGGAUUGCCGGCCGGGAGGAAAGAAACUUCAGGGCAGGUCCAUCCGUUGUCCAGAAGCGUUCCAGGAACCACCUUGGAAAGCUUCAGGAGGUCGGGGCCGUCCCUGGAGUCUGACAGCGACGGGAGCGCCUGGAGAAGCAGGUCUCAUUCCGAUGAGCUGUUACAGUCUGUGGGCUCUUCUCCCUCCAUGGAGUCUUUCUUAAUGGAAGAUGUUGUGGAUUCGUCCCUGUGGAGUGACCUCAGCAGUGAUGCCCAAGAGUUCGAAGCAGAAUCCUGGAGUCUUGUGGUGGACCCCUCGUUUUGUAGCAGGCAGGAGAAGGAUGUCAUCAAAAGACAGGAUGUCAUUUUUGAGCUGAUGCAGACAGAGAUGCAUCACAUCCAGACUCUGUUCAUCAUGUCCGAGAUCUUCAGGAAAGGGAUGAAAGAAGAGUUACAGCUUGACCACAGCACUGUGGAUAAAAUCUUUCCCUGUCUAGAUGAGUUGCUGGAAAUCCAUAGGCGUUUCUUCUACAGUAUGAAGGAGCGAAGGCAGGAAUCCUGUGCUGGCAAUGACAGGAAUUUCAUCAUCGACCGAAUUGGAGACAUUCUAGUACAACAGUUUUCAGAGGAAAAUGCAAAUAAAAUGAAGAAAAUAUAUGGAGAAUUCUGUAGCCAUCACAAAGAAGCUGUUAGCCUCUUUAAAGAGCUCCAGCAGAAUAAAAAGUUCCAGAAUUUUAUUAAGCUCCGAAGUAGUAAUCUUUUGGCUCGGCGCCGAGGAAUUCCAGAGUGCAUUCUGCUGGUCACUCAGCGCAUCACAAAAUACCCUGUCUUGGUGGAAAGGAUAUUGCAGUACACAAAGGAAAGAACUGAAGAGCAUAAAGACUUAUGCAAAGCUCUUUGCUUAAUUAAAGACAUGAUCGCAGCAGUGGAUUUAAAAGUCAGCGAAUAUGAGAAAAACCAAAAAUGGCUUGAGAUCCUAAGUAAGAUCGAAAACAAAACAUACACGAAGCUCAAGAACGGCCACGUGUUUCGGAAGCAGGCGCUGCUGAGUGAGGAAAGGACCCUGCUCCACGACGGCCUCGUGUACUGGAAAACGGCCACGGGCCGCUUCAAAGAUAUCCUCGCUCUCCUUCUCACUGACGUGCUGCUCUUUUUACAAGAAAAAGACCAGAAAUACAUCUUUGCAGCCGUUGAUCAGAAGCCAUCCGUUAUUUCCCUUCAGAAGCUUAUUGCUAGAGAAGUUGCUAAUGAGGAGAGAGGAAUGUUUCUGAUCAGUGCUUCAUCAGCUGGUCCUGAGAUGUAUGAAAUUCAUACCAAUUCCAAGGAGGAACGAAAUAACUGGAUGAGACGGAUCCAACAGGCAGUGGAAAGUUGCCCAGAGGAAGAAGGAGGAAGGGCAAGUGAAUCUGAUGAGGAGAAGCGGAAAGCUGAAGCACGAGUGGCCAGAAUUCAGCAGUGUCAAGAGAUCCUCAGCACCCAAGACCAGCAGAUUUGCAUGUAUUUAGAGGAGAAGCUGAACAUCUAUGCUGAGCUUGGAGAGCUGAGUGGGUUUGAGGACGUGCACCUGGAGCCCCAUCUCCUCAUUAAACCCGACCCCGGGGAGCCUCCCCAGGCGGCCUCGCUGCUGGCAGCAGCCCUGAAAGAAGCUGAGAGCCUACAAGUUGCAGUGAAGGCCUCGCAGAUGGGCGAUGCAUGUCCAUCAUCUGAGGAAGGUUGUGGAGAAGCUGCCUUGACGGAUUCGCUCAGUUCUCAGGACGUGCCAGGAUUGCCUACUGCUUGUGCGCUUCCAGCACUAGUCACAGAAGGGACAGGAGGAAGAGGCUGCUGGGAUGUGGAUCCCGGGACCCAGGGUGUGGGAACCGACUUGGCGGUCUCUGAUGCAGGGGAGAAGGUGGAAUAUAGAAGUUUUCCAGGUUCUUCACAGUCGGAGAUUAUACAAGCGAUACAGAAUCUAACCCGUCUCUUGUACAGCCUUCAGGCCGCCCUGACCAUUCAGGACAGUCACAUUGAGAUCCACAGGCUGGUUCUCCAGCAGCAGGAGAGCCCGGCCCCCGGCCCCUGUCUCCGAGGCAGCACCUUUCAGGACCAGGAGAAGUGCCGCAGCCUGGAGAAGCAGCGUGAGGAGCUGGCCAACAUCCACAAGCUCCAGCAUCAGUUCCAGCAGGACCAGCAGCGCUGGCACCGCAGGUGCGACCAGCAGCAGCGGGAGCAGGAGGCCAAGGCCAGCUGGCUGCAGGAGCGCGAGAGGGAGUGCCAGUCACAGGAGGAGCUGCUGCUGAGGAACCGCGGGGAGCUGGACCAGCAGCUCCAGGAGUACCAGCAGAACCUGGAGCGGCUGAGGGCGGGCCAGCGCCUGGUGGAGAGGGAGCGUGAGAGGAUGCAGGCCCAGCAGAGCCUGCUGUGCAGCUGGAAACACAGCCGGCAGAGCAGCCUUCCCGCGGCGUUUUCUCCGGGAAGUACGGAGGUAAUGGAACUUAAUCAAUCUGAGAGUUUAUGUCAUGAAAAUUCAUUCUUCAUCAAUGAAGCUUUAGUGCAAAUGUCACUUAACACUUUCAACGAACCAACUCCAUCAGAUAUCCUUCAGGAUGCCACUUACCUCCCAAAUAUAUCUAACUCUGAUUUGGUAAGGACUAGAAAGAACCAAGUAGACCUCAAGACGGACGUUUCUCAGCCCUCGGAUGUCAACCAUGAACUGUGGACAGCCACUGGGUCCUGUCAUCAGAUACCCCCUCUCCACCCAAGCGGCAAGGAUUCUUGUAAAAAUGAGAAAACACUUGAUGGUGUGAAAAUUAGUCUGAAAUCUUCGUCUCCCUUUUCAGAUUUGGACAUCUCCCAGACUGAGUUCCCACCCCUCCACGACUCAGCUCCCCAUGGCCCUCAGCUGCAGACGUUUAUAGAAGCAAAGCUAAGUCUACAGACUGCGACCAGACCAGACAGGGAAACUGGAGACAGAGCCGAAGAAAAUAUUGUUUACCUCUAAUUGUAUUGUCGUUAUUUUUCCAUACAAAACAAAACACUGGCAUUUGGGGGAGAAUUAUUUUUUUCCUUUCCUGAUGUGUGUGCGACUGUCUGUGUCCAAAUUGCUUUAAGAGUAAUAUUUAAUAUUUCAUGCAAGUUCACUUUUGGGGCAUGAAUCUAAUAAUUAAAUUAUUGGAAGCAGCUCUGUUUGUGCAAUCGUUAACUUAUCACACCUAACUUCUGAUUUCUGGAGGGGAAAUUAACUUGAAUAAGGAGAAAUAUUUUCAAAGUUAUUAUGACUCUAGAGUAAAAUUCCGUAUUGCGUUUUCUACUGAAUCAUCUGGUUUUCGAAAUGCCUUUUAAGAUGUAAACAAAGCAAUUUGGAUGGAAAGAGUCAUGUUCAUGAUGGGCAAACGUUCAAAAUCACAGCAGCUCAUUACAGAGAGUGGCCUCAGUGCCCCAAAAGGCGAGGAUGCCAGAAAGGCCUUUUCUUGGCUAGUUUUUACGUGCUAAUUUCUCUUUAGGAUGUCAAAGGGGUCGCUGAUGGUUGUGAUCUGUCACAGUCACCAUGCAACCAACGUGGCCUGUCUGGGCACCUGUUCUGACCAGGUGGCCACUCUGCUAUGGACACAAUCUGGACUCUCAGGACCUGGGCCACCUGCUUUGCAGACGCACUUUCUUGGUCCUGAUGCUGGUCCGCUUUCAAGCCACAGUUCAGCAGCAUCUUUCAACAGAGCCCAGAGGCAGAGCCGCACAAGUCAGUCUUGAUGUAAACAGUGACACUCCAGUGGCACCCUCGCUUCUCUCACCUAGCCCCUUUCCUGGCAGCCCUGGGAGCACCAGCAACCAGCACUCACUAGAAGGAUCUCUCCCCGCUGUUCUUUAAGGACAAAACUGCACGCUCAGUGAAGCUCGCUUCCUGCAUGUGCUUUUCCAAGUGCGCUUCCUGCCUCCGGAGUAAUAUGGGUCUCUGUGUGAGAAAAUACACCGGGAAAUGUUUUCAGCUUGUUCUUCAGAAAUAUUUGUACAUGUUUUGGUCGAUGUCAAUAAAUACCUUUUACCUCACUA